UGUUGUAGUAACCAGAACAGCAGCUACAAGAAGAUAACGCCAGUUAGCUAGACUAGAGCUAACUAGCUAAUGAUGUUCUCUAGCUACAAGAUCAGCUUGUCAUUUAGCUAGCAAUGGUAUUCUAGCUAAUAGGUCAUCUAACUACCAGCAUUCAAUGUUGGCAUGUUUCGGUAUGUUUUGGAUCAGCCGCACUGUUGUCAAUUACAGAGCCGACGUUGGAGGCCGAAGAUGUGUCCAGGUAUAACCCCAGCAACCUGACUUAAAGCAAGUUUCAUCAGGUGUUCCUUCCCCCCCCUCACUGUGGAGGAAAUGCCAGCUGUGACCCGGGUCAAAGAGGAUUCGGAGUCUUCCUCGGAGGACGAGCUUGAGGACCAUAUUUGUAUUGCAUGGAGUGGCUGUAGCAGGAAAAUACCAGUUGUGGUCUUCUAUGCGGAAGCCAUAGUCUCUAAAGAUGUCAACAUGCGCUCUGUUGGAGAACAGUACAACCUGGGCUUUAAGAUCGUACGGACAGAGAGCCGCCUGGUACGCGGUAUACUGACCAAUCAUGGCUUCCAUGAGGUCCAUCCAAACAGUAAUGACUUCAACCUCAUGUGGACAGGGUCCCACCUUAAGCCUUACCUGCUACGCAGCCUUCAAGACUUCCAGAAGGUUAACCACUUCCCCAGGUCAUAUGAACUGACUCGCAAAGACCGACUGUAUAAAAACAUCCAGCGGAUGCAGCAAGCUCAUGGCUUCAAAAACUUCCACAUCGUUCCUCAGACGUUUGUACUUCCCUCUGAGUACCAAGAAUUCUGCUGUUCCUUCACCAGAGACAAAGGGCCCUGGAUCAUCAAACCUGUCGCUUCCUCCAGAGGCAGAGGGAUCUACCUGGUCAGCAAUCCAAACCAGAUUCCUCUGGAUGAGAAUAUCUUGGUGUCUCGCUACAUUAACAACCCUCUACUGAUAGACGACUUCAAGUUUGAUGUGCGUCUGUAUGUACUGGUGACGUCCUACGACCCCCUGGCGAUCUACCUGUACGAGGAGGGCCUAACCAGGUUUGCCACGGUAAAGUACGACCGAGCCACCAAGAACAUCAAGAACCAGUUCAUGCACCUCACCAACUACAGCGUCAACAAGAAGAGCCAAGCCUACGUCAGUUGCGAUGACCCUGAAGUGGAGGAUUAUGGGAACAAGUGGAGCAUGAGCGCGAUGCUGAGGUAUUUGAAGCAGGAGGGGAAACUCUAUGGUUUUGACGUGCUGAUCGACUCCAAUCUGAAACCCUGGCUUCUGGAGGUCAACCUCUCUCCCUCACUGGCCUGGUGA